UUUGAACCUUAUUACAACGCCAGUAGAUAUUUUUUACAUUAAAUAUUUCAUUGAAUAAAAAAAUAUUUUGUCUGUGUCCCCAACAAAGAACAAAAUCGUAACUACCUUGCGUUGCUAUAUAAAAAUAAACCUUAAAGAUGGUGUGUUACAUUUUAUUUCACUGCAUUUGGUUCGACUUAUUGUAACUAUUAGAAUGAAUGAUAGCAACUGCGCGGGGGGAGACCGCUAGUCGGAUCAGUCGCGACGCAGUCGUUGAGAGAGGUGCGUGCGUUUAUUGCGUGGCCGCUGAGUUACCGCUGUCGAAAGAAAGAAGCUUCUGCACUAAAUGGCGUUAACGAACGCAGAAAAGCAACGUCGUUAUAGGCUUAAAUUGAAGUUGGACCCUAUAAAAAAUGCUGAAGCCAAAAAAAAACAUCUUGAAAGGUACCACGCAAAUAAAAAACUUGUAAAAGAUAUGACAGAGCGUGAACACAGAAAUAUCAAGCGUAAAUGGAAGACUGCGAACAAGAAACGACAAGAACGUCAAAAGUGUGCUCAACAAAUUAUGAACAUUACACCACCGUCCAGCCCACGGCCAGGAACUCCAGUUUCACCGAGAUCUAGAGGCCGAAGACAAUUACGAAGAGAUCGCUCUGCAGUUUACAGAAAAAAUCUGAAAAUUCAGGAAGAACUCGAAAAGAUGAAACGGCUGUGCGAUAAAUACAAAAAGAGAUUCCAACGAGCUAAAUCCGCAAUCAAUGACAAGAAAAAAGUAAAUAAGCUUAACCAAAACAAGUAUUCAACGUUAUCUAAUGCAAUCAAAGACCAUUACAAAAGUUUGAAGUCAUUGAGAGAGAAGAAAGCCUUAAAACGAAUUUUCCAAGGAGAAGGCAUAGCCAAGUCUAAAAUGAAGAUUAGUAUUAUACGCGAGACUUUGGGCAUUGAUCAGAUGAAAGCGAUGAAACAACAGAAUAACCGUUCAGGGAAAAAGCUUCUGGUUGAUAAAAUUAAAAGCUUUUUUGACCGUCAUGAUGUUUCUAGAGCUACAGCGGGUAAACGGGAGACUGUCACCUUUAAAAAAAUAAAAAUGCAGAAGCGCUAUUUACUGGACACGAUGAAAGGCCUAUUUCGUUCUUUCAAAAAAGAAAACCCAGAACUGAGAUGUUCUUAUUCGUAUUUCAUAAAAAAUAGGCCUUUUUACGUAAAACCGCCUUCAGUUGCUGGAAGAGAGACUUGCCUAUGCAAGACACAUUAAA